AUGGCGCCACCGCCGGCAGGAUGCCGGCCGCUGCCGUACGAGGCGCUGGACCCAGAGUGGGAGGCUUGCGAGUUUCAGAAGUUCCGGUCUUCUACCAGUGGAUCUCAGCAACAGGCUCCGUAUGGCGCGUACCUGUUCGGGAGGUUAAUACAGUCGGAUCUGCAUCAAAGUUGCCGACCAGUGUUGCCUCCGGACGUUGCGAAGCUUAACGGCUACACCAUCCAGGGCAUGUGCAUCCUUCAGGUGGUGGACGUGGCCAAUAUUGCCGCCAGCUACGAGCAUCGCACUGAGUUCUCGACUGCUGGCGCAGCACGCACACUCAAAGUCGGCCUGACAGAUGGCCACCAAUUGGUAUUCGGCUUCGAGUAUAUUUCCCUGCCACAGUUUAGUGUGAACGUGCCGCGCGGGACCAAAAUUGUGGUGGAGAAUGUGCCAGUGAGGCAUGGAUUGCUUCUGUUGGGACCUGAAAAUUGCCAGUUAUUGGAGACGUCGGCAGAUUAUUCGGGACGUAGCAAUGAACAAGUGCAGCAACCUAUCCAAGAGAAUGGCUUGAGUGCUGGAGCGUACUCUUCAGCUCUGGUGACGUCACAAUUCACUUCGUCAGAGCAGAAACAACCCGUAGCUCCACGUCCGGCUCGACAGCAGUCGGUCGCUAGACCUCCGACAAUAGCUGCAACGCCCAGCAACAUUCCUCGGACUGCUAGCACUAUUCCUCUGGUAUCUAUGAGCGCAAACUACCAGGCAACAGCGUCGACCGUCGCUACCAGCAGUUCAGUCCCGUCCGUGUUUGUAGAUGCCCCUUCGUCAGAUGAAGGCAUGGAUAGCGACACCACAGACCCAAUGGUAGAGCACCUCUUCUACAGCCCGAAGACUCCUCGAUAUCCUGCUGGUACGGAGAAGGCUAAGGCACCUCAAAACAGGGUAAUGCCUUCCAGGAAGCGGCCGCGAUCACCCAAAUGUCGACCUCCGCUGUUGAAUCCAACACGCCCGUUCCAGUACUUCACAGCGCGCUCGCCAGCAUUGACAGCACUGAAUCAGACGACAACAACGAUUAGAUUCCAGAUCCGUGCUUGUAUCAAGUCGGUAGUAGGUUUCCAAUUUAACACUGGGAAGUACCAGCUUCGAGUUUCCGUGGAGGAUUGCACUGCUACGAGAGAAGCUGACGUGGCUGAAGAUUUCGUGACGCGCCUCAUGGGGGUUCCGUGCUCGGAAUUUCUUCAAACAAUGCAAACGAAGGUCCAAGUUGCUCACAAAUGGGCGGCCAGUAUGCAGUUCGCGCUAAUGAACUUGGAAGGGGUCAUGACUUUUGAGAAAGCGCCAUCCAGCUCAGCUCCUUUAAUGUUGAUAGAUUGCCGUGAUUUCCAGUCAUCUGAUACGCGGGAGCUGUUGCAGCGAGUGAGAGCGUCGUUGCCGCGAUAA